GGGGAGUGGAAGAGUUCCAAAGGAGCAGGGAUGCAGAACAGAACUAGUCUCGUUCUCUGUGCCCUUGCUCUCCUGAUGGGCUUCCUGAUGAUCUGCCUGGGGGCCUUCUUCAUUUCCUCAGGAUCAAUAUUCAACUGUCGAGGGAAACUGAUCCUGGCCUAUAUGCUUCUGCCACUGGGGUUUGUGAUCCUUCUGAGUGGAAUUUUCUGGAGCACCUACCGCCAGGCAAGGGAAAGCAAAGGGGUGUUCACCCAUGUGCUCAGAAGACACCUUUCUCAUGGGGCACUUCCCCUGGCCACAGUUGACAGGCCAGAUUUCUACCCUCCUGCGUAUGAAGAGAGUCUUGAUGCCGAGAAGCAACCUUGUCCUGCAGAGGGAGACGCCUUGGAUGUGCCUCCACCUCUGUACAGAGAGAUGGGCCUUGAAUUUGAGGAUGCAACGGAUGCCCACCCUGAGGCCCCACCUUCCUAUGACGAGUCUGUAGCAGGCGGGGUGCUGGCAGCCACAGCACUGCAGGAUGCUGAGGGGCAGAGCCGGGGAUGCUGAAGCAGGGGACACGCCCUCGUGCUCAGGAUGCACCUUCAUGGGCUACAGCUGCUGAUAAUAAACGUGGCCACUGGACUAUGGGAGGGAAAGUGACUUCCGGGACCCCCAGGAGUGCUCACCGAGGAGAUGCUGGGGAUGACUGCCGUGCAGUUCCAACAAUGUGCUUGGCCUGAAAGGGCUCCAGAAGGGUGUGGUCGGCAGCUGGCAACAUUUCAAAGGAUUCGCACUAAUCCCAGCCCAGGUGGGCUU